AUGGACAGCGACGACGAGAUGAUGAUGCAGCUGUUUACGGAGGAGCAGAACGCUCAGGCUGUUCGACGACAACAUCAACAGCUGAUUCUUACGAACAUGUUGCGCGUUUGCCAGCCUUUCUUCGUCGUGCCUCGGCGCGGCGGCUCAAAGCCAGUCAAGAGGAGGAACAUCAACCGGCAUCGUGAAGCUAGCGCAAUGCUGCUUGACGCCGACUACUUCAACGACGACGCGACUCAUUCGCCGAAGGAAUUUCGGCGCCGUUUUAGGAUGAACAAGGACCUGUUCUUGAAGAUUGUCCAUGGCGUCAGGGAAUACGACACAUACUUCAUGACCAAGAAAGAUUGCACAGAUACAGCCAAUGACUACCUACGGAUGCCAGAGUCGACAUGUACAGAGACUCUCUACAGGUUCUGCCGAGCCGUCAUAGCGGUGUUAGCUGAAGACUAUUUGAGAGCACUAAAAGCAGAUGAUACAGCUCGGAUCCUGCCGAAGAAUGCAGCAAGAGGGUUUCCUGGGAUGUUCGGAAGCAUUGACUGGGAUCUACAAGGGCCAUACUGGUGA